AGGUUAUGGUAUUAUAGGCAUAGGCCUACUUUGGACUCGCUUUUCUUCUGAGGACACUCCCAACCACUGUCCAACGUCACUGGCCAGGAGUGCAUGGUCCUUGUAAUGAAAAUAAACGGGAAUUUCGGAAAGGGAAAGAAGCUGGAGAAAAAAUAAGAUUAUGUAUUAUUGGUCAAACAAACGUUAAGCGUAAUAAUCGAAGUGUCCCUCUUUUUGAAGGCACACAGGUGAAGGUUUUUUCCGUUUUGGGAAGUAGGCUAAACAUGAGAUUGGCGUUUGCGUGUUUUUUUUUUUUUUCACAAGAGAGAGAUAACUGUAUUCCUGCCUAGCGGAUUGGAGUGAAAGUCCGCCAUAUUCUGCCUUACCACGCCCGGGAGUCGAGCUGUUGGAAAUAAAGCGUGCACAUUUAUUCAUAUAUUUGCAAUCGAACGGAUGAUAGAAUUACUGAACGUAUAGCGUAUGACAGAAAUAUGUGAAUCGGGCGACUGAGCAAGAAUGAAAACGGUUAUCACAUAGAAGACUACGGAUGGUGCCUUAAACGGAUCUGUUGAUCAUAUUGAGAAGGACAUCAUCCGAUACCCAAUUAACAUUUUACUGACAUUUAGUUAACUCCCCGAGCCACUGUUUGCUGACUGACCGUCGGUCAGAAAGCAAAACGAAAGGCGGGGGAGGGGGCAAGAAUUUAUCCAACAGGCUAGCAUAUAUUUUCCUUUUUCUCCAUCUAUGCUAUGCCACUUUAUAUUAAACGCGUCCAUGUUUUUUCUGCAACCGUGAGAGCGUGAUUUGACAUCAGUUCAUUGUAUACAUUAAUUGCAACUGGAAUCUGAAUAAAGGAGCAGGAAAAGUGAUUUUAAAAGAAUGACCCUAGACUCCAUAAUGGCGUGUUGCCUCAGCGAGGAGGCGAAAGAAGCCAGACGGAUCAACGACGAGAUCGAAAGGCAGCUCCGCCGGGAUAAGAAGGAUGCUCGCCGCGAAUUGAAGCUGUUGCUUCUGGGUACUGGAGAGAGUGGGAAGAGCACCUUCAUCAAGCAGAUGAGAAUCAUCCAUGGUGCUGGUUACUCAGAGGAGGACAAGAGGGGCUUCACCAAGCUGGUUUACCAGAACAUCUUCACUGCCAUGCAGUCAAUGAUCCGCGCCACGGAGACCCUCAGGAUCCCUUUCAAAUAUGAGCACAACAAGGGCAAUGCCAACGUGGUCCGAGAGGUGGAUGUGGAGAAGGUCUGCACGUUUGAGAACCCAUACAUAGACGCCAUCAAGUGUUUGUGGAACGACCCAGGCAUCCAGGAGGCUUAUGACAGGAGGCGGGAGUACCAGCUGUCUGACUCCACCAAAUAUUACAUGAAUGCACUGGACCGGAUCGCCGAGUCGUCUUACCUCCCCACCCAGCAGGAUGUUCUGAGAGUCCGGGUUCCCACCACCGGCAUCAUCGAGUACCCCUUUGACCUCCAGAGUGUCAUCUUCAGGAUGGUGGAUGUGGGGGGUCAGAGGUCAGAGAGGAGGAAGUGGAUCCACUGCUUUGAGAACGUCACGUCCAUCAUGUUUCUGGUGGCGCUCAGCGAGUACGACCAGGUGCUGGUAGAAUCUGAUAAUGAGAAUCGGAUGGAAGAGAGCAAAGCCUUGUUCAGGACCAUCAUCACAUAUCCCUGGUUCCAGAACUCCUCAGUCAUCCUGUUCCUCAACAAGAAGGACCUUUUGGAGGAGAAGAUCAUGUACUCUCACCUUGUUGACUACUUUCCAGAGUAUGACGGUCCCCAGAGAGAUGCCCAGGCUGGCAGGGAGUUCAUCCUGAAGAUGUUUGUGGACCUAAAUCCAGACAGCGACAAGAUCAUUUACUCCCACUUCACCUGCGCCACGGACACCGAGAACAUCCGCUUUGUGUUUGCAGCCGUCAAAGACACCAUCCUGCAGCUCAACUUGAAGGAGUACAACUUGGUGUGAAACCGGUUAGAGUCCUUGAAGGGACUUGUUUAGCAUGAGCGGAGCACAGCUGGCGCCCAGAGACCCUUCUCCAACACUGACUGACUGUCAAAUCUGUGAAAAUUACAAAAAAACUGAAGAAAAGCUACAAACAUCUAAUGGUUGCCUAAUACUAAUUUAUUGCCAUUGUUGACCAUUCCUUUCUUUUUUCUAUUUAAAAGAAAACAUGAUUGAGAGGUUUGAAGGUCCUUGUUGGAUAUGAAUAGCACAGUUCCUUUAAAAAGGUAGGCCAAGCGUUGUGAUUUUGUUUUUUCUUUUAAGACACUCGUAUUGUGCUCUCAUUGUGGUGGCUGGGAUCUGUCCAACACCAACUGAACCAAGGUUCUCCUGCCUUUUGCUUUUAUCUGAAGUUCUAUAAAUCAACAAAUUUUACUCCAAAAGUGUUAAGUGUUGAUACCAGACACACACAGGUGGUGUGGAGCGAUGGACCAGAAAUUUAUGAGACAGUGUUUAAUUUAGUCACGCUGUGCCACACUCACUUUUUAAGGUCCCAUUUAUUGCAGAAGCCACAAGAAUGCAAUGUUACCUUGAGGCAUCACGCUGUUAACUAAAAAGUGUAUUGGAGGCAAGACGGGACCCAGCCUUUUGAAGCCAUCAAGAGUUUAACAUGCUAGGGUUUCAUUGUAUUAGGUUAUCCUUCCCUCCCCAUCUUGUAUUCAUAGAUGAAUGCCAAAACCACUUGUAUGCCAAGCUUGGCGAAAAACACAUUUACUGGAGUUGACAGGGGUUGUUGUUGUCAUUGUUGUUGUAAUGCCAAACUGAGGGGCCAAUUGUUUUGUGAGAAAAUUAUUAUUGAUAGUAGAACCUAAACUCCUGCAGACCAGUUGUGAUUGUUGUAUUCCAUAGGCCCAUAUUAAUCUAAUCUUGGGUUUGGUACUUCUUACACAGUAUGACUUUUUUUUAUUUUGCCCAUACAGCGGCACAGACCGGGGAUUAAGGACCUUGCUCUAUUCCAGAUUGGUCACAGAUUCAGCUGUCAGAAUCUGCCUUUGACAGUGGCGCUUCUCUUGUAGAGGUACUGCUAGUCUUUUCUCACUGCCUGUACUGAGCUGGACCACCGAAAAUGCAGCCGUAGCAGCCAAUUACAGCGCAGAUGUCUCGCAGACUAACCAAUCACAAUGCAACGGUGUCCUUUUGAUUGUCCAAUCACAGCCCGACUGUCCGACUGUUUUAGUUUGCUAGCAGUGGAGUUGAUUAGCCGUUUCCUGUGUUAAAAGGGGCAGAGCUUUGAGCACAAUUUGUACCAAAGUAACCCCUCACAUCUGAUUGGCUCUAGUGGCUCUGACCCCAACUUAUUUCUCUGAGUAUCUGUGUUUUUUGUAACAAUUCCCUAAACAUAAGCCUGUAAUUUACAUUUUAUUGAGGCAUAGUGCAAUUAUGAACGCUAUAAUCAUUGUACAUACAUCUCUCUCUCUCUCGCUAUAUAUAUAUAUAUAU